AAACCUGGCAACCCGAUGUGAUCCACGUCGUCACUUCCGAAUCUGAAGAACAGGGUUCGCUUGGUUUCCCACCUGAGGCCGCCCGACUGAACACAGACGAGCGGGGUAGCUGUUGAGCAUUAUCUGCCCCGCGCUGCUGAGUCUUCACCCUGUUAGCCAUGACAGCUCUCCCCCUGAGGAAAGCACGCGUUGAGAAAGUUGUAUUUUUCAGCGGCGAAGGGUCGAAGUGAAUCCAGGGGACGUUCAGGGACUGUCGGACAGAGUGAGGGGAGCGGGGCAACACGUUACACCAAAAUGGCAACCCCCUAUGUUCAGGAUGAAUCUGGGAAAUACAUCGCUUCCACUCAGCGACCUGAUGGCACAUGGAGGAAGCCACGGCGAGUGAAGGAUGGUUAUACCCCCCAGGAGGAAGUGCCAGUCUAUGAAAACAAGUACGUGAAGUUUUUUAAAAGCAAACCAGACCUGCCUCCCGGGAUGAGCCAGUCUGAGGCAGAUCCACCAAAGCAGCAGCAAAAGAUCCCGGGCUGCGGGGACAGUGAGGCAGCCAAUCUCUCAAAGUCUGCCAAGCGCAACAUGAAACGUAAAGAAAAACGAAAACAGCAGCAGCACCAGGACGAGGACGCAGAUGUGGACUCAGUGAGUGAUGCUGUCGGGAACGUGGCCAUUUCAGAGGGUGGCGAGUCUUCAAACAAGACAACAGAGGAGCCGGCAUCCGUCCCCUCAGCUGAUGAUUCCUCAGCAGCAGAUGAAAAUGCCAAGAAGAUCAAAAACCUUAAAAAGAAGCUGCGACAAGUGGAGGACUUGCAGCAGAAAGUGAACUCAGGGGAAAUUAAAGAGCCAACAAAGGAUCAGCUGGAAAAGCUGGGCCGAGUGCAGGCCUUAAAGGAGGAGUUACAGCAGCUCGAGCUCGAGUCUUGAAGCAAUAAAAUAAAAGCAGAAGAUUCAGACAGACUAAACACACUGAGGCAGGGAGGGGACCUUUGCAGCUUUGUAAAAAUAGCUUUCAUUACACAUACUCUACCUAUUUGAUAUUCAUCGUGAACUCUGGACCAGAUCACAGACCCACGACUUUUCUCCACUAAACGAUGGGACGUCUUCGUAACAGGCAACACAUCUCAAGAACUGAGGAGGCUGUUUUCUAGUUUCAGAUAUUCUGACUCCUGCUCAUACUCCUGUACGGGCCAGGCCACACAUUUAUAAAUAUCUUUUAAAGACAUCUUUGUGAUUGUUUUGUGCGUGUCUGUCCUCUCCAUUUUGUACCUUUUCAUGGCAUCAUCAGGUAUUACUGACACAUGAAGUUGUUCAAGAGAAUUUACUUUGUAUGCUCUGAGAAUUAACACUUUGUCGAUGUUUGGAUGGACUCUUGUAGCUGCACUAAUGUUGAGGAACUGUCUAUACAGUCAUUACAUUUAUUAAAAGUACAUGCUGCGUAAAAUGAA